UAAUUAACUAAUUAUCAAAUAGUAUACGAAUUUCUUUAGAAAAGUAUAUAGUUGUCGAAGAAAGUGAGAAAAAAAAAAAACUAUAUAUAAUACACUUUUAGAAAGUACUCAUAUAAGAUGAAGAGGAUUGCAAAGCCAGAUUGGUACGAAUCUUCAAAUAUUACAGAAUAGAGAAAACUACCUUGCAGAAAUUAACGAGGGAGUGAUUGGUUUCAGUAUUUAAGGCCGCGGCAAUGAAGAAAAGAGGUUCAUCCACGGUGGUUAUAAGCUUGGGGUCCUUGGUUUCUUUCUUCUUAUUGAUCCUGUACUUCUCAAACUCCACCUUAAACUCAAAUAUCAAAUUUUCAACCAUUUCUCAAGAGAGCAUGUAUAUGCCUGAGAAAUCAACUGGCAGAGAGAAUCUACGAUCUGUUCUUCCUUCAUUGCAAUCUCCAAAAGCUACCCAAAUUGAAUGCAACCGCUCUCAUUAUUCCUAUGAUAUCUGUAAGAUCAACAGUCCAACAGUUUUGGACCCCACCACUUCUACAUUCUAUGUAAUGAGCCCUAAAAGCCCAUCAUUGGAGGAAAAGAUCCGACCCUAUGCUAGAAAAUGGGAGCCUUUUACAAUGUCUAGAAUCAAAGCGAUUACUCUCACUUCAGGCCCAUUAAGCCCAAAAUGUCAAGUCCAACAUAAAGCUCCAGCGCUAGUAUUCAGUGCGGGAGGGUACACCGGGAACUUCUUCCAUGAUUUCAAUGAUGGGUUUAUCCCGCUCUAUAUCACAGUCAACUCCAUCUUCAACAAGCAAGACCCUAUCCUUGUCAUCUCUGAAGCGAAUAAUUGGUGGAUUAAUAAAUAUGCAGAAAUAUUAAGAGGUUUUAGCCAGCACCAAAUCAUAAACCUUGAUAACAAUAAUGUUACUCAUUGUUUUCCUUCAGUUGAUGUGGGAUUAAUAUCUCACGGGUUCAUGACCAUAAAUCCGAAAUCAAUACCAAAUGCAAAAACUUUUACCCACUUUCAUGCUUUCCUACGAAAAGCCUAUACUAGGAGCCACCAUGUUCAAAUCGCCAAAACUUCAAAGUCACCGGCAUCUCGGCCAAGGUUGGUCUUGGUAUGUCGAACCGGUGCAACGGGACGGGUUUUGAUGAAUCGAGAUCAAGUAAAAGAAGAAGCAGAGAAGAUUGGGUUCGAUGUGGUAGUGUUUGAACCAACGGCUAAGACACCAUUGAGUGUGGCAUAUGAUUUGGUUAGUUCGAGCCAUGUAAUGGUUGGUGUUCAUGGUGCGGGACUAACUCAUGCUUUGUUUCUACGACCUGGGUCGGUGUUGGUUCAGGUGGUUCCACUAGGUGCUGAGUGGGUUGCUGAGGUUUGCUUUGGGAACCCAGCUAGGGCUGCGAGGCUGGAAUACAUGGAAUAUAGAAUUAAAGCCGAGGAGAGUAGCUUAAUAGAGAAGUAUGGUAAAGAUGAGAUGGUGGUAAAAGAUCCUGUGGCUUUUAGAGGUAACAAAUGGUCGGCUGAGGUUAUGCAUGUGUAUUUGAAAAAGCAAGAUAUUAGAGUGGAUUUGAAUAGGUUUAGUGGGUAUUUGAAAGAAGCCUAUAAGAAAAGUAAUAAGCUGUUGGAAAAUGGAGAAAAAUCAAGUGGAUGAAUAUUUUGGUGUAAUUUUAGGAAGUUAGUGUUCUAAGUGGAUGAUUAUUUAUGUAUAUUGAAUUGGAUGCUAAUUCCCAUAUUUGGGAAAUUGAAAGACAA